CAUAGUUCACUCCACCACCCUUUCGCCGUCUGAAUAGCUAACUUACGAACCAGCAGCCGGAAUUCGUUGGCGGAAUCCCGUCACCGGCAUCAUAAGCCUCCCCCUGCCAUCAUAACCGUUACCCUAACCCUAGUUUCUUCCAUGGAUAAUUCCUCCCCGCCGAUACCCUAAACACCCCUCCCAUCCCCUCGUCCCGAUGGAUCCCCACGGAGACGGCCACGCUGAGAACGGCCGCCACGACGGCGACGACACCAACGGGCCCCUCCCGAAGCGGCCGCGGCCUUCUCCACCCAUCUCCGCCUCUGAGAUCCGCGACGAGUUCUCCCACCACGACCCCGCCGUAGCCCGCAUCAACAACGGCAGCUUCGGCAGCUGCCCGGCCUCCGUUCUCGCCGCCCAGCUCCGGUGGCAGCGCCUCUUCCUCCGCCAGCCCGACGACUUCUACUUUAACCGCCUCCAGCCCUCCCUCCUCCGCUCUCGCGUGCUCAUCAAAGACUUCAUCAACGCCGACGACAUCGACGAGGUCUCCCUCGUCGACAACGCCACCACCGCUGCCGCCAUCGUCCUCCAGCACGUCUCCUGGGCCUUCUCCGAGGGCCACUUCAACAAGGGCGACGCCGUCGUCAUGCUCCACUACGCCUUUGGUGCCGUCAAGAAGUCCAUCCAGGCCUACGUCACCCGCGCCGGCGGCCAUGUCAUCGAGGUCCCCCUCCCCUUCCCGGUGACCUCCAACGAGGAGAUCGUUCAAGAAUUCUGCAAGGCGUUGGAGCUUGGGAAAUCCAAUGGCCGGAAGGUCCGGCUGGCCGUGAUCGACCACAUUACUUCCAUGCCGAGCGUCGUGAUCCCUGUCAAAGAAUUGACCAAGAUUUGCCGUGAGGAGGGCGUAGACAAGGUGUUUGUGGAUGCGGCGCAUGCAAUUGGGAGCAUUGAGGUCGACGUGAAGGACAUUGGGGCUGACUUCUACACCAGCAACCUCCACAAGUGGUUCUUUUGCCCCCCUUCGGUUGCGUUCUUGUACUCCAAGAAGAGUAGGGCUUCAACCAAUUUGCACCACCCAGUGGUCUCACAUGAGUAUGGGAAUGGUCUCCCCAUCGAGAGCGGAUGGAUUGGUACCCGGGAUUACAGUGCCCAGCUUGUAGUGUCAUCGGUGAUGGAUUUCAUUGAUAGGUUUGAAGGAGGGAUUGAAGGCAUUCGCAAGCGGAAUCACGAUAAGGUUGUGGAGAUGGGGAAGAUGCUGGCUGAGUCAUGGCGCACUUGUCUUGGGUCGCCACCAGAUAUGUGCGCAAGCAUGAUCAUGGUUGGUCUGCCUGGAUGUUUGGGGAUUUCAAGUGAGAAGGAUGCUCUGAAGUUUAGGAGUCUCUUGAGAGAUCGAUUCCAUGUUGAGGUUCCUGUAUAUCAUCGGUCUCCAAAGGAUGGUGAAAGUGGGAGCAGUGCCGUGACUGGGUAUGUGAGAAUUUCUCAUCAGGUGUAUAAUGUGGAGGAUGACUACAUAAGGCUCAGGAAUGCAAUCAACAAACUUGUUCAAGAUGGAUUCCAUUGCACAAAGCUGCCAUCCAGUUAGGAAGGAAGAACUACACUUCAUCACUGAUAUUUGUUAGACAUCUCUUUUAUGGUGGGGAGGCUAAUAGGUUGAAGUAGUUAAACAUCUUACACGUUCUUUUAAGGAUAUCUUACUGAUGUUACCAAUCCUUUUUCAGUCCUUACACUUCUUACAUUUUCUUUAAGAAUUAUGACUCAUUGCUCGUAUUUGUAAGGUUAGGUGGGUUCUCUCCCUGUUGUUCACUAGCACUGAUUAGAAGGAGAUAAUAUAUAAUAUGAAUGAAAAGAAAAUGUCCAAUAUUUUGACAAGAAAAAGAAAGGUAAAUAAAUGUAUUAGCAGGAAUAGACUUGAAUAAUGCAUACCUGAUGGCAAUAAAAUGAGAACUUUUAAGGUAACUUAUACCAAUUUUUAAUGGAUUUGCUAAGUGCAAGUGAUUGCAACUUUGCUUGUGAAGAACCAGUUGUAUAUAAAGAGGAAAUCAGGUAAUGGGUCAUGAGGAUUUUUCUUAAUUUAUGUUUUUUGGUUCUUAGUAUAGCAAGGCCUUUCAGGGUACUUUCAUUAAUUAUUUUUGGGGUUGUAGAAGUAACUAUGACCUUGUUUGCAAUGUUGUUUCUGAAUAUCUGUUGUCCUGCUGACACUUUGAAUAUUAUGGUAAAUCUGUUUCGUGCUAUGAAUGUUGGAUUUUAACUCUAGAUAUUUUGAUGACAUGGGAAUCAAGUGGUGGUAAGAUGCUUUCUUCAUUUUACAUAAUGGGAAAUGCCUGGUGCUCCCUGGGGGAGGAAGAACUUCUAACCGACAGGGAGUAACUGUGCUAGUAUUUUCUUUUAUUUAAAACUAAAAUAUGAGGUUACUAUAACGUUGCAUGAGCACUGUCCGCUAAAAUGACAGCUAAUUUUUUUUUGGACGGCAAGUGAUGAUUUUUAUAUAGUUCCUAGUAUAGGAACUUCUACUUUGGACUUUAUUUCUUAUUCAUUGGUAGUUCUGAAAUUAUAGUAGAUGGGGCUAUGUCUGUAACCUCAUUAGUCAAGAUAACUUGGAAACCUGCUAGUUUGUUAAGAUCAACAUAUUCAAUAAUUGAAAUAUGGUCAUUUGGGACCUAUUUUUAAAAGUAAUACAAUAUAUCAUCUUAUGUAGUUUUCAUAUCCUAGUCCUAGGUUCAUUGAGCACAAAUUACACCCCUUUUUAAUUACCAUCUUUUGCUUCUUAUAUAUUUUUUAUGCAUACUCUAUAUACCCAAGUAGGUAUGCUAAGGGUAAGAGUAAGUGAGGUUAUUGAAAGUACUGGGUAAUCCAGUCCUGAUCUUCCUCCCUCACCUCUCCCCAUGAAUUUUUUGUGGUUGCAUCUUCUUAACUGUUUUGGGUCAGUUGUAGGCUUGCCCUUAUGGCUUCAUAUAUUUCCUUGAUAUUAUUAUUAUUUUUAUUUAUUAUAGAAUAUACUUGCCCAUUAUUUGUUUGAUGCAACUGAUGUUAUCAUCUAACAAUUUAUCUUCUCCUUUUAACUUUUAAAGUAUGAGUUAGUAUACACAAACGAAUACAUUGUUCUGCUACAUUAUAUCAUGCAGACUAAUGUAACCGAACUGAAAAUAAGUCGUUUCCUUAGCUUAUAGAUUUGAUUGUAUAUAUCGUUUUCCAGCACUAUAUCCUCCUACAGUAGAAGUUUUUUAAUCUUCUUUAUCACAAACUUCUCUUGGUUUAAAUCUUCUAGCUUUUCCCCUGUUCAAGUUCAUUGCCACAAAACCAAUCUCCUCUCUGCUUGAGAUUCUAAUAAUAUAAUGAAUCAUAUGUAUGCUAUGUUGUUCUGUAUGCUAUAUUGUUCUGGAUGUUAUUCCUUGCCUUUUAAGCUAUCAGUAGAUCUUGAUGCCCAUUAGAAUGAUAAGUUUUUAUUAAUGAAUGCUAAAUUCUAGAUUGAUAAUCUGUACUUGGGUCUUUGUGUUCAUUGUUUCUAACUAAUAUU